GCUCCCGCACCCCUGCAGGAGCGCCCUGCGAAGAAUCCAGAGGCCCGCGAGCCUGCGCCGAACCAGGACGAGGCACCGGCCCGGAAGCCUGGGACUUUGUCCCUCGAGGAGCUCCUGCAAAGAAGCCGCGCUAAGCCACUCGCUGGGCGCCUGUCCAG